AUGAGCCUUAGAAAGGCACCUGGCCACAAAAGCAAGCCUGCGGCCUCCUUCCCUCCCGACCCUGACGCCGAUACGGUUGCUUUGGCCCUAGAACCUCUGCCUCUUCUUGCACCUGUAGCCGGUUCCACAAACGAUAGCCCCGCCGCUGCCGCUGCCGCUGCCGAAGCUGAGGCUGACGCUGCCAAUCCUUGGACUCCAUCGUCAUCCGACCAAAUCGCCUUCGACCCAUAUAACACGACACACCACCCUCGAUCUCGCCCUUCCACUCUGCGAAGCCGUCCCUCUGCCCUCUCCUACACCUCCACCGCUGGCGAACAUGGUGACGAUACGACCGAUACGACCCCAACAUCUCCCGCCCCACAACUAGACGACGGCCCCAUGCCCUCGAAACCAUCCCUCUUGCGCUCCGCGCGCAACGACGCACCCUCCUACGGCGCCGUCUCGCAAGACCCGAGUCGCAAUGUCUCGCCCACCGGUAGCGAUCCGAGGACGGGGAACGCACACCCGCUCCGAUACGUCUCCGACACCUCCAAAUCCGCUUCUUCGAGGUACUCUGGCGCCUCGAGAAGAGAGACUUCCCGCCUCUCCGAGGACCUCGAUGCCACUGCCUUGGCUACCGGCUUGGAGGGUCGCUUCGGAGUCACCCAAGCCCCCGUGACGACCAACAUGCUCGAAGAUGCCAAAUCCGACGCGGCCGAGGACGAGGCAGAAUACGACGACUACACGGGGAGUGAGCCUGAUGAGGACCCCGUCGACGACUCGCCCCACGAAGUCAUACGCGCAUCAGUGCCGCCGACGGACAAUAUCACCUUGUCCAUCAACACCCCGAGGAUGUGGGCACUGUCGUUUCUGUUCUCGGUUCUAGGUUCUUCCACCAACUUGUUCUUUUCGUUACGGUACCCCAGCGUCGCCAUCACGCCCGUCAUCGCCUUGUUGCUCGUUCACCCCCUUGGCCUCAUGUGGGACUACGCCCUCAAGCGCCGGGACGAUCCUCCCGAAGAAUUCUUAGAUGGUGUUCUUCUUGCCGGAGGCGCAGAUGGCCGUUCGCCCCCGAAAUGGUAUUUGGCACGGCUGCGCAGAUGGCUCGCACAAGGCCGGUGGAACGAGAAGGAGCACACCUGCGUCUACGUGAGCAGCAAUGUGUCGUUCGGAUUUGCUUUCGCGACCGAUGUCAUUGUCGAGCAGUCCAAAUUCUACCACCAGGAAGCCACCAUUCCCUAUCAGGUCCUCCUCACUCUGUCGACCCAGACCCUGGGCUACGCCUUUGCAGGCUUGACGCGCCGGUUUCUGGUGCGUCCUAGCGGCAUGAUCUGGCCCGGCACUCUGAUGUCGGCUGCCAUGUUCGGAACCCUCCACAAGGAAGAGAACAGGAUCGCGGAUGGUUGGAGGAUUUCGAGGUGGAAGUUCUUCUACCUUGUCUGGUUUGGCGGGUUCGCAUUUUACUUCCUUCCGGGUCUCCUGAUGCCCUGCCUCAGUUACUUCAACGUCAUCACCUGGUUGGCGCCCAAGAAUGUCGUUGUUGCCAACCUCUUUGGCGUUGUUUCUGGGCUUGGGCUUUUCCCGUUGACCUUCGACUGGGCGCAAAUCACAUACAUCGGCUCUCCCCUGUUGGUGCCCUUCUGGGCUGCAGUGAACGUCAUUGGCGGUCUUGUGAUCGUCAUGUGGAUCAUUGCGCCCAUCGCCUACUACGCCAACGUCUUUUACUCGUCGUACAUGCCCAUUCUGUCAUCGGCCGUCUUCGACAACAAGGGCCAGGUCUACGACGUCAGCAAGAUCCUGACGUCGGACUUUCUCUUCGACAGGGAGGCAUACAGCAAGUACAGUCGAGUGUUUCUGCCCAUCACAUACGUCUUGAGUUAUGGCGUGCAGUUUGCUGCUUUGGCAGCACUUCUAACACACACAGCCUGCUGGCAUGGCAAGGACAUGUGGCAGACGUGGAAAACGGCCCUCGCAGAAGCUCGCAAUGAGGGCCAGGCAGUCUACAAGCCCGUGGCGGCGAAUUCCGAGUAUGUUACGCCCCGGCCAUCAUUCAGCAGUAGUAGUCGAGGCAUUUCGACGCCCACAUCCAACCUCGAAGAAGGUAUGAUGUUUCGCGAGGAUGUCCACUGUCGGCUUAUGAAGCGGUACAAGGACGCACCGCUGUCCUGGUACCUGACGACGUUUGUCACAAUGCUCGCCGUGGGCAUUUUCGUUGUCGAGUACUACCCGAUCCACCUCCCGUGGUACGGCUUGCUCAUGUCACUUGGCAUCUGUGCCAUCUUCUUCAUCCCGAACGGCAUCGUUAUGGCGGUCACGAACCAGCACAGCAGCAUUUACCUGAUCUGUCAGCUCAUUUGCGGCGCUGUGUUCCCAGGUCGGCCGAUCGCAAACAUGGUGUUUGUAACGUACGGCUACAUCUCGUCCGCGCAGGGUAUCAAGUUCGCCUCGGAUCUCAAACUUGGUCAUUACAUGAAGAUCCCUCCGCGGAUCAUGUUCUCGGUCCAGAUGGUGGCCACGAUCGUGUCGUCCCUCACGCAGAUCGGGGUACUCAACUGGAUGUUUGCCAACGUCAAAGGUAUCUGUACGUCAGAGGCCGUCAACGGAUUCACGUGCCCCAUUGCGCGGGUACACUUCAACGGCUCUAUCCUGUGGGGUGUAGUCGGACCAGGCGAAUUCUUCGGGCCGAACGCGACAUAUCGUGGCCUUGUGUGGUGCUUCCUCAUCGGCGCCAUCGCGCCGAUUCCCUUGUGGCUCUACGCUCGUAAGAAGAAGCACAGCAUCGUCAGGAAGAUCAACCUUCCGGUCGUUUUCGGAUCCAUGGCCUGGAUUCCACCGGCGACGGGACUCAACUUUUCGGUGUGGGCAGUGGUGUGCUACGUGUUCAAUUAUCUGGUCAAGAGGAGGAAGAGCGCAUGGUGGGCAAAGUACACAAUGACGAUGAGCGCAGCAUUAGACUCGAGCCUGGCGUUUGGCAUUGUUGUUAUCUUUUUUGGUUUCAUCUAUCCCGGGCACAUGAAGGGCUUCAAGUGGUGGGGGACAGAGGUGUACAAGCAGGGCUGCGACUGGCAGGCGUGCUCAUACAAUACGGUUCCCGAAGGAGGGCAUUUCGGCCCCGACUCGUGGUAA